AUGAAGGUCCUCACCAAGGAAGAAGAAGCCGCCCACUACAACGCCGUUGUCAAGGGCGGAUUGAUCGGUGGUUCAUUGGGUCUUGCUAUCGGUGCCUCUGGUGUCAUCUACGCCUCAAGGAGAUAUCCUUCUUUCCGUGGCCUGACCCUGCCAUUCCGAACUUUCCUCGUCACAUCCACCGCUACCUUUGGCGCCAUCGUCCAGGCUGAUCGCCAGGGUAUCAAGCAUCAGAAGGAACAGGACCCCAGACGCAUGUACCGAGACAACUCCCAGCGUGCCCAGGAGAUCCUCCGCGAGAACGAGACGGCAUACGAGCGCUUCAUGAACUAUGGCCGCGAGCACCGCUACAGCAUUGUCUGCGCCUCGUGGCUGGCCAGUUUGGCCGUUGCCUUUGCCCUUGUCAGCCGCGCACCCAUGAGCACCCCCCAGAAGAUCGUGCAGGCUCGUGUCUACGCCCAGGGCCUGACUCUUGCCGUGCUCAUCGUCUCGGCAGCCUUUGAGAUGAACGAUGCCAAGAGCGGCAAGGGCCGCUGGGAGACCGUCAUGGUCCUCGACCCCAACGACCCUGAGCACAAGCACCUCAUUGAGAAGAGAAUCCACAAGGAGGAGUACGAGGGACAGGAUCUGUGGAUGGAUAUGGUCGAGGCUGAGGAGAAGAGAUUAGCCGCCCGCAAGGCUGCCCAGGCCCAGGAGCAUGCCCAGUAA